AUGAUUAAGCUCACUAAUUAAUUGACUACAUAUCAUUCGAUGAAUAAGUAGAUUAUCUUAUAUAUAAUAAUAGAUAAGAAUUUGAUAAUUAAAAGUAGAGAACAUAUAUUUACAUGUAUAGAAAGAAAAAAAAUUAAGAUGGAUUAUAAUUCGUAUUUUAGAUUCCAAACAGUAUAGACAUUUGUAUAUUUAUAAAUUAAUAUUCCAGAUAGUGGAUUAUUUUUGCAAACGACACUAAAAAGAGCUCCAUAGGAAAAAUUAACUCAGAUUAUACUUUUGAAGAAGGAAGAUUGGAUAAAAAUAUAUAUUUUUAGUAAACACAAUAUGGAAAUAGUAUUGAAAGAGUUGAUUCUUGCAUUAUUCUUAAUGAAAAAAAUAACGCUGUAAUUCUUUAUGAAAAAAAGAAAAAAUAAUUCUAUGAGUUUUUUCUAAGUGGUCAGCUAAAAGAAAUUAAAUUUGAUUUAUCUAGAGAAAUAUCAAUCGAUGGAGUUAUUACAGUUUAAAAUAUACCAUAUGAAGAGUCAGGUGAGGUUCAAUCAAUUAAAAAUAGCUGUGAAGGAGACUUUUACUUAUUUUAAACCGAAAAGUAUCUAUAUUUAACAAAUCCUAAUUAUAUUGUUAAGCAUUAAAUUUCUCUGA